GAGUCCGGCACCCUUUAAGGUAAAGCGGGACGCCCGCCCAGAGCCAGGGAGCGUGGGCUGGGCGGCGAGGUAAUUGGUCCCCGCACGGACCUCCACCCGCUGGCGCCCCCGCCCCGCCUGCGCCCUGCGCGUUGCCAGCUCCCUGCGCCAGUUGCUGACAGUCGCGACGCUGCGAGCUUCUCUCCGGGCUUCCGAGGCAGACUCCUGAAUAUACCUCAAACUGAACAAUUUCAGCCAAGCCGAAGCAUUCUGUGUUCACAGAGGCACCAGUCCAGUUUAGAUCAGUCAUCAUGGUGAACCCUGGCUGCUGGCUGCUGGUUCUCUUCGUGGCCACAUUGAGUGACGUCGGCCUCUGCAAAAAACGGCCAAAGCCUGGAGGAGGGUGGAACACUGGAGGAAGCCGUUACCCUGGGCAAGGCAGCCCUGGAGGCAACCGCUACCCACCUCAGGGUGGUGGCUGGGGGCAGCCUCAUGGUGGUGGAGGCUGGGGGCAACCCCAUGGUGGCGGUGGCUGGGGACAACCCCACGGUGGUGGUUGGGGUCAGGGUGGCACCCAUAAUCAAUGGGGCAAGCCCGUUAAGCCAAAAACCAGCAUGAAGCAUGUGGCAGGUGCUGCUGCAGCCGGGGCAGUGGUAGGGGGCCUUGGUGGCUACAUGCUGGGGAGUGCCAUGAGCAGGCCCAUGAUGCACUUUGGCAAUGACUAUGAGGACCGUUACUACCGUGAAAACAUGAACCGUUACCCCAGCCAAGUGUACUACAAGCCCGUGGAUCAGUAUCCCAACCAGAACAGCUUUGUGCAUGACUGUGUCAAUAUCACAAUCAAGCAGCAUACAACCACCACCACCACCAAAGGGGAUAACUUCACCGAGACCGAUAUUAAGAUAAUGGAGCGUGUGGUGGAGCAGAUGUGCACCACCCAGUACAAGCAGGAGGCCCAACAGGCUUACUACCCAAGAGGAUCCAGCAUGCUCCUCUUCUCCUCCCCACCUGUGAUCCUCCUCAUCUCCUUCCUCAUUUUCCUGAUUGUGGGAUGAGGAAGGACUUCCUAUUUCCAAGUCGUCUUUAUCUUGCUCCAGGGUUGGGAGGGGGUAUCCACCUGCAGCCCUUUUAGUGGUGGUGUCUCAUUUUUGCUUCUCUCUCUGUCCCCCAUAGGCUAUACCCUUGGCACUGAUGGGCACCCAAAAAUGUAGAGUAGACUUGGAUGCUGUUUAUUCAAGGGCCCAUUGAUUGAGUCCUUCGUGGACCAAGGCUAAUGCUGAGCCUGCAAAUAAUCACUGGUUAAUCUAGGCUCAUUUUUGGUCUAUUGCAACAGAUAAAGGCUAGAAUAGAUCUUAAAAUGGUCCUCAAAUACCUUUGCCUGAAUACCUCUGGCUCUUUUAGUAGCCAGAGCUCAAGGCGUGAAUGUCCCAGCUUAGCAAUGAUUUCAUAGCAGUUUGGAAAACUUUUCUCUUUUAAGAAAACUUGAUAUUAUUUCUGCCAAUUUUGGAAGGGGCCACAUGAUACUCAUUCAAAAGAAAAAGAAAAAAAAAAAACACCAGAAAUCUUCAACAGGCUCAGCCCUGGAGUAUGUGCUAUGUUUUUGCAGAGAGCUGCAGUGACAUUUUGCUUUUUGCAGUAGGGACUACACAGCAGUUGCUGAAUCGGUAAAUAUUAUUGUGACCCUAUACCUCCUGCCAGAGGACAUAUUUGCCGGGGUUGGACAUAAUUAACACAAGCAAAAGACUUCUGGGACUGAAAAAUCCAGCCUUUGGGAAUGGUGCCUUUGGAGACAAGCUCCCCUCUGGGAUGUGUAGAGCAUCCAAAUGUGGCAUUCCUUUCUUUAGUAAAUAAAUUGUAGAUAACUAAGGCAGCAAGAUUGCCUCCUAAAUACUGAAGGUAAAUCUUGGUUUCCUGGAAACUAGAGUGAUGUUAACCAUGUUUGGGUGAUGCCAGGAGAUGGGACUCCAAGGAAGUCUGCAAGGGCAGACCCAUGAUCCUCUUGGAGGAUUGUGAAGUGAAAGAACGCAGUCAGCAUACAAAGAAGAGCUCCAUUUCUUCAUUUCUGUCCCAUAAUUGUUAAAACCCAGGAUUAGGUUGAGUCUUCAGUUUCUGUAAUUGGCUUUUGAAUCAAAGAACAGGGAGACAAUCUAAAAAAUGUCUUAGGUCGCAGAUGUCAGAAAUAUCCAUUCUAAGUGGAAAAGGAAAUUCUGUAAAUGUUAUUUAGAUAAGGUAAAGUUGUUCCCUAAAUUGUUCAAUAUGGUCGCCUAGCAGAUAAAUAUUACUAUUCUACAAUGUAAUUGGCUUGCACUAUAUGGGUGUUUAAUGUUAAAUAUAUAUAUAAAAUAUAUAUUGCAUAUGACAAAUUUAGAAGUUUUGUUUAGAGUAAUUAACAUCAGAAAUGUCUAACACAUUAAUGGUUUCCUGAGGUACUAAGUACUUAAUACGUGGGAAAGCCUUUUUUGUGGCCCUUAGGCUUACAACGUGCACUGAAUAGUUUUGUAUAUGAAUCCAAAGUGGACACCACUAACUGGUCUUUGAAAUAUGCAUGUACUUUAUAUUUUCUAUAUUUGUAACUUUGCAUGUAUUUGUUUUGUUGUAUAAGAAUUUAUAAAUGUUUAUUAUCUGACUGAAAUUAAACAAGAGCUAAGAUGAGCACCACCCA